AUGAUCAACGUCGACCCACCAUCUGGAAACUAUCCGGCCUCGGGAGGAAAUUCCACACACAACAUCAUCUCUGAAUCUGAUUCUCGUUUGGCAUUCAAAGUCAAAUCGUCGAAUAACGAGCACUAUCGUGUUCGUCCAGUCUACGGUUUCGUGGAAGCAAAGGACAAGGCUAAACUUGAAGUGAAUCGUCUGGCGGGACCAGCGAAAGAGGACAAGAUUGUCAUUCAAUACGCGGAGGUUCCUGCUGAAGAGACCGAUCCAAUGGCUCCGUUCAAGGCUGGUGCUCAGCAGGGAGAGAUCAUUGUCAAGUUGAUUGCGGCUUGA